GUAGUUUUGGAAACUAGUUCAUUAUUCAUUUGGUGAUUCCCAGAUGGAAGUGUGAGGUAGAGUGAACAGAAUUACGAAACGUUUUACUCGGUGUCGCGGUUUUUGUCAAAACGCCAGGAAACAGAAUCACUUUCAGAUCCGACGACUUAUACGAGGCCUUCAUCUGUCAGUCUGAGAAGUUUUACUUAUAGCUGCAGUUUCCUGAUCGCAAUGCACGGCUUCGACGGCGAAGAUUCGGCCGACAAGGGUUCUGCUGUCAAACUGUCUCCCGAUCGACAGAUCAAGGACGAGACGACGGAAGAGCGUCCGCAGUGGCACUUUAAAAAGCGCUCACUUCUUGUCGUACUCGCAAGCGCAUUCCUGGCUGUGGUCAUCUAUGCCGGUCUCGGUUUCGUCCAGAACUACUUUGAGGCGGUUGAACCUUCGCCAGCUGGGUUUCGCGUACCGGUCAAGCGGCGCGUGCGAACCCCGCGACCAGGAGAGCAGCCACAUGGAAGAGGCAUUUUCUUCGAUUUACUACAAAUUUUGUAGGCCUCACUAUUCUUCACAGUCAUUCAUGUUGUACUUGCAGAAGUGUCGAGUUUGCGAAAAUGUACUGGCUAGAAGAGAAAGAGCAUUUCAUAAACGGCUUUUAUGUAGUUUUGCCAAAAAUUUAGGCGAAAGCGGGAACAAGCGAGCAUUUCGCACUUUCCGCGUCGUAACUCCAGCUCAUCCUCUCUCUGGCGUUAGAAAGUUUUUCACUUCCGUGGUUACAACCGACAGCAACGACGCUAAGCCAACAGAUGGUCACGUCAAGCCUGCUUUGGAACUGAAGAAAAGUAUUGUUCCUGGAGACGCCAUUGGUCAGGAAAUCAACAUUCCUUUGAUCAAUCCCGGCAAGGCGGACGUGGAAUAUUUCGGACCUGUGACGAUUGGAACUCCGGGAAAAGAGUUUCAAGUGAUAUUCGACACGGGGUCUUCGAAUCUAUGGGUGCCCGACGCAUCCUGCAAGACGUGUGACACGAACGAGGCGGCGCACAAUAAAUACGACAACUCGACGUCUAGUAGUUACAGGUAGUACUAGUUGUGCAAAUGAAAUAAUUGAAAUGAAAAUUUGGCAGGAAUUAACCGCCUCAUUAUUUGCAGCGAUGUCUAUCAAAAAUCGAUGCUCAUCUAUUCAGUGCUGUCGCUAUACCGAAGGAACAUCACGACAGAAGCAUUAUGGAUUCGUAACUUGUUUCCGCGUAUUAUUCUUAUCUUCGUCUCCUGCUUGACGUGAAUGAAAGAUACUUAUGAUUUUCUGUUCCCACAUCCCUUCAGCUAUAUCGGCGACCAGCUGAUUCCGCUUGCGUACGGCACCGGUUCCUGCGAAGGCUACUAUGCCAAGGAAUCGGUAACGUGGGGUGGAGUUUCCGUGACGGAGCAGGGUUUCUUGCGAGUAAUCUCCAGCGUAGAUCCAUUUCCGACCGCUCCUUUUGAUGGCAUUCUCGGUAUGGGUUUCGAGAACCUCGCUUCGCCGCCGAAUAACACGCCUCUGCUUCACACGUGGCUGCAGCAGCACGGAAAAAUGCUGAAUGCUGCACCGGUCUUUUCAUUUAAAAUGACGGACUCUAAAGGUCGGGAUCUGGAGCAAGGCGAGCUCAUCAUCGGCUCCGUUCCACACGAACGAUACGGGUCAGCCGGUGCAAACGAAGUUGAUGUUCUGCAGCUGGAAACAAAGGAUGGCCAACGCGGCUACUUCUACUGUUAAGGAAGUGGGAAACACAUAAACUACAUCACUCUGAAAGAAAGUACUAAAAAGAUCGAGCAUUGGAUGUUGCUGAAGGCGGUACACAGAAAGUCAUGAUCUCCUACGACUCGAGCAAGUUCUAGAAAGACGAAUACGGGAGUCGUGUACUCGCUGUCUUUUUCGAGCACCUUGACGCAACACUUCUUCCACAUUUCCUUCAAGUACAGGGUUCGUAAUUGUGACACUUCAUGAUCUCAUCUAAUUCCGGAUGUUACCAAUAACAUCGAGUAAAUUGGCAGGCAAGCCAGGCGUCGCGGCAAUGGGCAUGGUAGAUUCCGGGACAUCGUGCUUGGUGAUGCCUGAGCAGGACUUUAUGACCUUUAUCACAGAAGGUCGCGUCUCGGAUCUGUCUCAAGUUUGCAACGAAGAUAACGCGCCCGUCAUCGCGAUCACAAUGGGAAGCUACACGUACAACUACAUCUGAUAGUUUGGUUGCUCUGCAUGUAAAAAAUGCUGAUUUUUGUGCUCACAUAGAAGAAGCAAUCUGAAAAUUAUGACUUUGCUGAUGCAUGUUGGACCACGCUAUCUACAUUUCUGCUACUCGGGCUCUUUUCCAUGAGGUGUCGUGCACUAUUUUUUCAUGUGCGAACAGACGCAAGAAUUCAUGUACGAUCCACUAAAGGUAUCGUUUUGACAAAGACGACUAUUGCAUCGGGCAACCUGGACAGCGACAGGCCUGCUUGCAGCCGCAGAGAGAGCCGUUUUGGAUUCUCGGCGACGUGUGGCACCGCAAGUACUACACAACUUACAACUUCCGUGACCACAAAGUACUGUUGGCGAAGAAGGGUGCGACGUAUCGUCCGAACAUCAUUGCGAUCGUAAUUGUCAUCGCCUUCUAUGCCACACUCGCGAUGAUCCUCAUUGGCAUUGUCUCGUGUCUUCUUCGUCGUCUGAAGAAGUGGCGCCAGCCGCCAGCACGCGACAACUUUGGCGGGGGCCGCGUCGGAGGAGGUGUCGUGGUGAUGCCAGCCGAAGGAACCUUCCGCCAAACUCAGGGUUGCACACCGCUCACACAGAUGUAAGACUAUAGCGGAUAAUAAUAACAUCUUCCAGCAUAUGUUCGUGGCAAUGAAUUUUUACUGGACAACGUCACUUUUCUUCGAGAUCCACUACCUGAAAAUAAUGACAUAACUGCUUAAUCGAUAUGGAUGGAGCUAGAGAGCGCAUAUAAUGUUGAUGUUCUCCUCUGAGGACCGGUAAGAAUAUGUUACACUUACUUAUUCUAGAAAGAGACACUUACGGGUAGAGAUUCUGGCGAAGUUAACGUCGAGGACGAGCAUCGCAUAUUCACAGUUUCCUGAGCCAUAGCUUCGCUCGUUCGUUUGCGCGAUCCCCCAUAAUAUCUUGAUCGGUUUAUAGAACCUCUACUAGCAGUCGUUAUUGGCGAA